CGCUAAGAUUCGCCCGCGAUUCCAUAUCUACCUCCGCUUCACUCCGCUUUCGAAGCUUCGACAACCCGCCUCGCACCAGACAACAGCCUGGUCGCCGCCGCACCGAGCCUAACAUCGCAGCAGCGCAAAUCUUCCAGCGCUAACUCUCCUCAAGCAUCCUAGAUCUUCACCAUGUCUACUUCCGCACGUCGUCGCCUGAUGCGUGAUUUCAAGCGUAUGCAAAAUGACCCUCCGGCCGGCGUCUCCGCCUCUCCUAUCGCUGACAACGUCAUGACCUGGAACGCUGUCAUUAUUGGUCCCGCCGACACCCCCUUCGAAGAUGGCACGUUCCGUCUCGUUAUGCACUUCGAAGAACAAUAUCCCAACAAGCCCCCGGGCGUGAAGUUCAUCAGCCAGAUGUUCCACCCCAAUGUAUACGGCACGGGCGAACUCUGCCUCGACAUCCUCCAGAACCGCUGGUCUCCGACCUACGACGUGGCUGCUAUUCUCACUAGCAUUCAGAGCCUGCUGAAUGAUCCGAACACUUCCUCUCCCGCCAACGUUGAGGCCUCGAACUUGUACAAGGACAACCGUCGCGAGUACACCAAGCGCGUCCGCGAGACCGUCGAGAAAUCUUGGGACGACUAGAUUCUACUCACCACCUUGCAGCAUCUCUCUUCUUCUCAUGCGCCAUGCAGGCUUGGUGUGCAAAGGAUCCGGCUUGAAUGGUGAAUGGGGUUGCGGUAGCAGGAUAUUUCUCUUGGCUCAUCAUUGGUUCAGCGAGGCGUCUUGGAAUCUGGAGUUCAGCAUCUGUG